AUGACAGCCUUCAUUCUCAUCGCCAUGCAAGAGGCAAGCUCACUGUGUGAGCAGUCUGUCAACAGCCUACCAGGCAGUAUGAUUAAGGCAGUAACGUACCUGGAGAGGCAUCUGCCCACCCUAAAUAACCCCUAUGCUGUAGCUAUGUCCUCCUAUGCUCUGGCCAAUGCAGGAAAACUCAACAAGGAGACCCUACUGAAGUUCGCAUCUCCACAGCUGGACCACUGGCCAGUCCUUGAUGGUAAUCAGUACACACUGGAUGCCACGUCGUAUGCUCUGCUGGCCUUGGUCAAGAUGAAGGCCUUCGAAGAGGCCGGCCCAUCGUCAGGUGGCUCAACAAGCAGAACAAGGUGGGAGGGGGAUACGGAUCCACACAGUCCACCAUUAUGGUGUUCCAGGCUGUGGCUGAGUAUUGGAGCAACGUGAAGGACCUAAAGGACAUUGACCUGAACAUCCACAUAGAGGUGGCCGAUAGGACAUCAGAUACAAAGUGGUCCAUCAACAACAAGAACCAGAUCCUCACUCAUAAAGACAAGGUCAACUCCAUAGACAAGAACUUGACAGCAAAAGCCUCAAGAAAUGGUGAGGCGACUGUGUCGGUGGUGAAGCUGUACCAUGCCCUGCCAGAGGAGAAGGACAGUAACUGUGUCGGUGGUGAAGCUGUACCAUGCCCUGCCAGAGGAGAAGGACAGUAACUGUGUCGGUGGUGAAGCUGUACCAUGCCCUGCCAGAGGAGAAGGACAGUAACUGUGAAAGCUUUGACCUCUCUGUCACCCUCACUAAGAUGGACAAAACAAGCCACGAGGAUGCCAAGGAGUCGUUCACGCUCACUAUUCAGAUGGUUUAUCUUAACUCGGAGAGAGAUGCAACCGUUUCUGUCCUGGACAUCGGCUUGCUGACAGGCUUCAUUGUAGACGCAGACGAUCUGAAAAAGUUGUCAGAGAGGAGGGAGCGCUACAUAGAGAAGUUUGAAAUGGGCAGAGUUCUGUCUGAAAGAGGCUCUCUCAUCCUAUAUCUGGAUUAGGUGUCCCAUAAGCUAGCAGACAAAACAUCCUUUAAGAUCCACAGAGUACAGGACAUGGGAGUUCUAAAGCCAGCUGCCGUCUCUGUAUACGAGUACUACAACCAGAAGGACUGUGUGAAGUUCUACCACCUACAGAGGGAGGGUGGUACCCCGAGCAGACUGUCUCUCUGA